AUGAAGACAGUAGCAGCAGCAGCAGCAGCAAUAGUAAUUUAUAAAAAGAAUAUGAAGAAACAAAGACAAACAAAAAAGACACAGGAAACAAAAUCCUGUGAGCUGCUGGUUCGGCUGCCGGAGGUCUUCGAGCAGCAGCAGCAGCAGCAGCAACAGCAGCUGCUGCUGCAGCAGCAGCAGCAGCAGCAGCAGCAGCAGAUGCUGCUGCAAAGAGAUUCUUUCUUCUAUGAACACCCAUCUUCCUCCCUUACACAGGGCUCUAUCUCGCGGCAUAUGUACGAUGCUGGGGCUGCUGCUGCUGCUGCUGCUGCUGCUGCUGAUACUAGUGCAGAAGUAGCUGCCACUGUAGUAGCAGCAAAAGAAGCAGCAGCAGCUGGCCUUGCAGCAGCUGCAACUUACGGCACAAGGAGACCGCAGCUGCAGCUGCAGCAGCAGCAGCAGCAGCAACCAGAACAACAACAACAGCAGCAGCAACAACAGCAGCAGCGGCAGCAGCAGCAGCAGCAACAGGAACGGCCAAGAGUAUCUGCUCCUUUGAAACGCCGCGCCCCCGGGCGACCUGCUGCUGCUGCUGCUGCUGCUGGUGCUGCUGGUGCUGCUGCUGCUGGUGCUCGGGGGCCCCCCUAUACCCGACAGCAGCGGAUGAAGGGGCCCCCCAGGCAGAAGAGGGGUGGAGGCAACAGCAGCAGCGGCAGCAGCAGCAGCAGCAGCAGCAGGAACGGCCAAGAGUAUCUGCUCCUUUGA